UUCAUCCAUCCAUCAUCCUUCAUCUAACCAUCCUUCUAUUAUGAACAUGAAUGCAUAUGAGGGCUGCACAAUUAAGACAAAAAAAAUCAUAAUUGUGAGUUAUUUCCCCUGAUAUUGUACUAAGGGAUCGGCUUAUUAUAAUAAACGUGUCCCGUUGAAUCGCGUAUCUCAUACUGACGCAAAUACAGCGUUGAUUUCAGACAUUAUUUUUUUGUUACCUUGUGCCUGUGCUUAGGCAGUAGGUUGGAAAUGUGUUGUUUUUUCAUAUAAACAAUAACUGUGUGAAAGUCAGCGCUGAGCUUAGUCUCUUCACAUACUUUUUCACGAGUCACAUAAUCCGUUCUGUGAUUUGUGAACAAAAAUGAAAUGGUAAAAAUAGUUUUAAGUACAGUAUACAAAAAUACAUGAUAAGCAGUGCAGUUGUUUUUAACAAGUAUUUAAUAUAUAAGUUUAGAGUUUUUAAAAUGAUCAAGUUCACAAUGACUUUUUUGUCUUAAAUAAUAAAUUCAACCAUACGAUUGGGGAAGACGCUGUGUCAUCUGGGGGAGGGGGGGCACUCCCCCCUAAUGUCCCCCCUUGGCCAUGAGCCUGCCUUUAAACAGCAACAGAAUGUUUACAUAUUUUUAUGUUGCUAUGGGUGCUGUACAGUAAUACAGAGAAUCAUUGGGUACAAUAAAGCAAUAUCACUUGGAUAGGAGUGUUAUAUGGCUUGUCGUGGAAAAAUAAUACGAAUACCCAGGAUCUGUCCAUCAGAGAUGAUUUAUUUACUUGUACAAGGACUCAACACAUAACGACAGUGAAACGAUAUGUGAAGAAGUUAAGAAUCUCAAAUCCUUCCUUCAUUAUAUACUGACAUUGAGUUUGUACCACCCCCCCCAUGCUAUUCGAUCAAAACAACUCCUUAUUAGGUGUAGUUUAGACACUUCUGGGUGGUUAUAUUUACUCUACUUGUAUCUAGGCAGACGAUACAUAUGUUUUUUAAGCACAUCAUCACACAAACAAAACCACACUCGCACCUUGCCAUACUUCCUAUCCCGAGCUCUAUCGAGCUAGACUUCCUGUCUUAGACUUCACCCCACGCAGAUUAAAAUGUCAUGACUGACAUAAAUCAUACAAUGAAGAACACAAAAAUAAUAUAAAUGCAUAAAGAAUAAAUUUCCAUUACAGGCUCUAUACUGGCAAGGCUGUGAUUGGGUCUUUAUGCUGAUGUAAAGCCAUAUCACGGUCAUAGACAACAUAGUUUUGUUGGACUCAUCCGCACACGGUGUCACAGUUACGCAGCUGGUCCAUAGUUAACUUCUGGUCUAUGCUUGUUAAUCGGUCUGGCUAGUGGCUGAACUGACCUCUGGAACAAAUUACUUGUGGAAAUUAAAAAUCCUUUGGUUUCUAAAGACGAGAGGUGACGGGGAGCGUGUAGGAAGAGCGGAACACUACAGGUAGCUGAAAAAUUUGCGAUUUUAACACUAUAUAUUCUUGAGGAUGUGUGUUGGUAUACUAUUUAAAGUAUGUACUAAUAGUUGGUGGCAAUAAGUGCAUUAUUAGGAUACAAACCCUUGUUUAACAAAAACAAGCACCUGUUUUACUCGGAUAUACGGUACACACAAUUAUAUUCAGCAUGGGAGUCCUGGGACUGAGGAGUUACAUUGAGGAUCAAACAAGCUUGUUAGAGUAUUUGCCAUUUAGAGACAGUAAACUCAUAAUUGAUGGAUGUAACUUAUACAACAAACUGUACUUUCAAAACCGGUACAUUAAACUGGAUAUGAAGCAUGGAGGAGAAUAUGACGCCUUUGAAGAUUUGAUCACACAGUUUUUCAGCAACCUCAGAGACUGUGAUAUUCAGCCAUACGUUGUAAUCGAUGGUGGGGGUGACUACACUGACAGAAAAUUUCCGACCCUUGAAAAACGAUCUGAGCAGAAAAUUAUAAUGACCAAUGAGCUGUCUACAGGACGGAAGGGGAAGUGCCUCCCACUUCUUACUAAAUAUGUGUUCGCCCAGACCCUUCAUAAACUCAAGGUGCCAUUUGUUCAGUGUUAUGAAGAUGACGGGGAGAUUGCUGCUUUGGCUAACCAAUGGAAUUGUCCAGUUCUGUCCAAUGACAGUGAUUUCUAUAUAUUCAACCUCACUGCAGGAUUUUUGCCCGCUGAACAUUUUUGUUGGAAAGAUGUAGAAGUGAACAGAGACACAAACCAAAAAUACAUCCCAAGCAAACAUUUUAUGGUGGAAAGAUUAUGUGCAUCUUUCAACAACAUGAACAAGGAUCUUCUCCCAGUUUCUGCAUGCAUGUUCGGAUAUGAUUAUGAGGAAUUGCAAAAAAUUGCAAAAAAAUGCUUCAACUCUAUUAGUGGUUUGCUUGAGUGGUUAUCCCGGUUCCGGGAACCAGAAGAGGCCAUUUAUGGUUUUCUCAAGUUCAUAACAGAUAAUAAAGAAAAACAUGUUUUCCAUGAAGCUCUGUUAAAAGGCAUCCAACAGUACGAGCUCACCAAAAGUUCUCUUGCCCAAUUCUUCAACUCAAAAACACAGAUAGCCUGUACAGGUCCACUGCAAGCCCUGCCUGCGUGGAUUCUGAUGCACCUGCAUGAAGGAAAGAUGGGCUCCUUCAUUAUUUAUGUACUGUUACUAAAAAGGGUUAUGCUAAACCCUCAGGUUGAAGAUUUUCAGCAACCCAGUAGCAAUGAAAUCUCUCGUCCCAUACGACAAGUGCUUUAUGGUUUAGCAUUGUUGGGGAAACAACAGACGGAUGACAAACUUGUGGCAGCUGCUAAAGCAUCUACUGCUUCAGACAAGUGCUACAUAAGAGAGUACGACAGACAAGGAUUAACUCUAACCAGUUCAGAAGUUGAAGCUAUAGAGACUAAAGUAAAAGAAGGACUUCGACUGGAAACAUUACCAGAGGAACCACACGCCUUGCGACUUCAGAUCUUCUUGGAAACGUUGGGUGUGCCAUCUGUCACUUUUAGAGGUCUCCCACUUCACCUGCAGUUCCAGGUGUUUGUGACGCGUUACUGGCUGGUAAAUGCACAGCCUCAGCCAAACCUGGUGCAUCUUUGGGGUCUCUUACUGGGGAUGGUUUAUGGACAGCUCAACGCUACAUCCAGGACACAAAUGGAGGAACGGCUGGAACUAAAAACUCAAGCAAAGACCAAUCUGGAUCAUGAGGUGGCUCAUCUGUACAGCCAAUGGCAGUCCUGUCUGUGGUGGAGUCUCUGUCUCAAUCGCUUACUGUGUUGUCCACUUCCUGAACCAGAGUGUGCACGGUUGUACCAGGGAACGUUGGUUCACCAGGCUGCUCAGGAGUUCAAGAGAGGCAUCAAACCAGAGUCUCUGCUGGCGAUGUGCUCCGAAGCUGAGAACCUAUUUAGACUGUUGAGAGAUGCGGUUCUGAGUUUGGUGGAUGAAGAUGUUGUCAGAAUUAUUAGUACCAGAUACAGGAACAGAGCUGUUGACAACAGAUGCAAUGAACUUAACUUUGAACAUCUGAUGCAGGAAGAUAUUGAGGACUAUGAUGAUGAUGACUAUGAUGAUCAUGAUAGAAGACAAAAGAAGGCCAAAGAUCGCAAAAAGGGCACGUCUGAAUGUUCCUACACCAUUCGUAGCAGACACAAGGCCAAAGCACGCAAUGCUAAUCAUCCCUCGAAGAAAUCUGAAAGGAGAUGCUUUGACUAAAUAUCUUGGUAACACUUUAAAAUAAUGGUCAAUACUUAAUAGUUAGUUACACAGGAACUAAUGCAGAACAAAUGAUUAGUGCUGCAUUAACACUGAAAUCACUACUGAUAACUAAUAAAGAAGAGCGAUUAACUAAUCAGUAGGCAUAGCAUACU